ACUUUCACUCAACAGGUGGGUGCGCGCGGUGCAUGUCGGGUAGGGUUAGUGGUUGUCUGCUGCGGGUGUUCAGUGCGCAUGCGCGUGCCGAAUGUUUAGUGUGGUUACCGAGAACACGACAUGGAGAACUACAAGGUGUUACAAAGGUUAGGGAAAGGCGCACAGGGCUCUGUUUUCCUGGCAGAGAAUAGGAUCGACGGUCGGAAGUAUGUUUUGAAGAAGGUGGAGUGUAACGAUGAAAGCGAGGCAAACAAAGCAUUUAAGGAGGCUAUGGCCCUCCAGGAACUCAAGAACCCAUACGUGUGUGGGUACAAGGAGUUCUUUGUCACUUGGGACAAGGAGGAGUCUGCCAUGUUUGUGUGUAUAGUGAUGGAGUAUUACAAGAUGGGAGACCUGGACAAGGUCCUCAGGCAGAAGAGAUCCAAGAAGGAGAGCAUAGAAGAACUGAUUCUGAAGAAGUGGCUUGGGCAGAUGAUCGAGGCUCUUGUGUUUGUGCACAAGAAGGAAGUGAUCCACAGGGACCUAAAGCCCAGUAACAUCUUCAUGACAGAGGACCUGUCCAUAUCUAUAGGAGACUUUGGUGUGGCUACUGUCAUGGGGGAUGCCAGGACCAAGACUAGGACCACUGUCGGGUCUAUGAACUGGAUGGCACCAGAGGUUCUGGAGAGACCGUAUGAUGAGAGAAGCGACGUGUGGUCACUUGGCUGCAUCACUCUGGAGAUGACUACCUGUAGCUUCAUGGAUACUCCCCAGGCCCAGGCUACCCUGUUUGAGAUCAAACACUCCCCACAGAUCCUGGAAGAUGUUCUGGAGGAAGUAGGAAAGAGAUAUUCAGUUGACUUAGUCCAACUCAUCAGGACCAUGCUCAGAAGAAACUUCAAGCAGAGACCAACUGCAGUAGAACUAACAGACAUCCCGUAUGUAAAAGAAGCUCUGGGCCUCAGUAGUUCCGCCUUGGUGGCCAGAAAGAAAGCAGCAACAAAAGGAAUAGAAGCAAAACCAGUACCAAAGGGAAAAGGAAUCAAGGCAGUUAUAGAGUACCUGAAGGACCAAGAACAGCUUGAAGAAAGUGUGAAGGAAGCUUUGGUAUAUCUAGGAGAACUCACCAAGGAACAAGAUUCUGUAGUUGACGAGGCAGGGAAGAAAGUCAUUGUGUCGUGUAUGAGAACUAACAUGUCCAACGUCGGCAUCCAGACUGAGGCCUGCAACGUCCUGCAGAACCUCGUUGUCACAGCGGAAGAUGGGGAUAUCCUGUACACCAAAGACGUCAUUGCUCCCGUUCUGCUUGCCAUGAGGUCUCACGCAGCCUCUGCCAGCCUGCAGUCUGCUGCAGCUCAGCUCAUCAUGGCCCUGUCUGGAGACGAGAGUGCUGCUGAUGUGAUUGGCCAGGCAGGAGGCGUCCAAGACGUCCUAGCAGCCAUGAGACAGUUCCCUAAUGACCAGAAGCUCAUCACCAACUGCUGCGGUGCCUUAUGGAGCCUUGGUGUCAAUGAGAACAAUGCCAAAAUCAUGACGGAGGAGAAAGGCCUGGCUGACGUCUGUGGCGCCCUGGACGGUCACGGUGACAUCGCCCAGCUGGUGGACUACGCCUGCUGUGCUAUCUGGUCACUCUCCAUGGAGGAUGACAACAUUGAGAUGAUGGCAGACCUGCAGACAGUCAAACUCACGCUCAACUCAUUGAAGACCCACAAAAAGGAUGCCAAAGUUGCCAAGAAUGCCUGCAUGGCCAUGGCCAGUAUUGUGGAAGCUGAUGUGGAAUGUGCGUACCAAAUGCAGGGUCCCACCUUCCUUCCAGAGGAGAGCGCGUACCGGCUGCUGGAGAACGACGGCGAGGCCGGGAUUCCCAUCGUCCUGGAGACGUACGAGCUGCACAAGGACAACCCCGAGGUCGUGGAGAACGUCUGCACGCUAAUCAACGAACUUGCCCAGUACAAUGACCUGUGUGAAGAGCUGAAGGCAGCCAAGGCCGACAAGAUCCUGUCUGAGGCUAAGAUCAAGUUUGCUUCCAAUGAGGAGAUACAGAGUUACACUGAGGAGGCGCUGGAAAAAUUGGGCCAAUGAGACAGACAUGUUGAAUCAAUGGGCGUGGAUAUCAUGGGUCCAGUCACAGAGGCUCUUCGCAAGAUGGCCGGGGGUGCCACCCAGAAAAAGGAGAAGAAAGCUGGCAAGACAUAAGACUUCUAAUAACUUCUCAUAUGUCAUCAUGGUGAACACAGAAAAUUACAAUAUGGGAACCACACAUCUUUUACUUAUUGUGACUAAGAUUUCUGACAGUCAACUGUUAAACUUGAGUAUACAUUGUUUUGUGAGAAGAUAUGAUUUUACAUACUUUAAGAAAAUAAGAAAAUGAUGAUGAUGUCAUGAAACAAACUCACAGUUACCAGGAAUUUUCCACUAUGGUGAUGUGUACUAGGAAGGUACAUGUGGGAAGGGAACUGGAGGGAAUAUUCCAGCAAGAGAAUUUUUACAAGAAAGUCAAGGGGAAAAGUAGGUAUACUGGGAUCAUAUCUUGACUUUCAGAAAUUGGACCAUUUGACACAGCUAAACUACAUUGUAUAUCCCCUCCACCAAGCCCUUGGUAUUCUUGCCCUAUAAAAGACCAGAAACCACAGACCAGGUGUGUUACUGGGUUUUAACAAUCCAGUCUUCCAGUGACUGGAUGUCAGACAUUGUAGCAACAAAAUUGGUUGCCUCAUGAUUCAUGUCCUAAUCCGUCUAAGUUGCCCUUUCGAACUUGUAGUCGUAGGAGGCACAGUCCAGGGUCAUCAUCCUUUCUUCCACAGAAUGCCAUUGAACGACUCAUACUGCCAACUUCUUGGACACAAGCGUGAUUCUUUAAGAUACCUGUAUAAUUCAAACAACCCCCUUAUUACAGGGGUGGAUCAUUGGCCAUUAUUUUCUGAUAAAAAGGGAUGCAUACCUUACCUCGCAUUCUGGUUUGGGUCUGGAUUCAGGUCCAGAUGUUUAGGUUCAAGUCUGGACUUACAUGGUUUUAGAUGGUUUAGAACAAAGAGGUGAAUAUAUUUCAAAGUUUAUUGUAAGUCCAGACUUGUUUCCUGACAUUUAGGUUUUGUUGGACCUGAACCUAAAUGUUUUUACAAGUCCAGUUCAGAUCCUUAUUUUAGGUAUGCAUCCCUACCUGCUAAAAUCUCAGUUGUAUAUACGUUCAGUACUAUUCAUGUAGAGGGUGGACAACAGGGUGGACUCCACCAGGGUGUCAUAAUCAAUUAAACACCUGUUUAGGCUGCAACAAUUCAUUUUCUUGGUUCUCCAACAGUGAAAAAUUAAGCUAAAAGAUAACAUAAAACAGGUGGCUGGGAGGAAAACUUGAUUCUGACCGUAUCCUCUCCCUGAAGCUGUGUAUACCAAGGCACAGACCUGUUGCUCUGUUUCCAUCUGAUCUUCUGGAUUCAGCAUUAUUUUUGGUCAAAUUCGAGAACCAACAAAUAUUGGAUUGUUGUGGCCUUUUAUAAAUCAGGUGGCACAAAUGCUGUAUAUAAGAGGUGCCUGGGCAAAUAUCCUUAACAAAUGAUCACUUCCAGAGAUAUAUUUUUGACUAAUUGU